AUGCCUUUCAAAGGGUUCGGUUCGCUGAAGGAAAGAUUUUUUAACCCAGGGAAGGAAGAGGUGAAGAACAUCAUUAGUGACUCACUGGGGAAUCUGAGAAGGAAAAUCGAUGGCACCAAUGUAGAGGAGGAUCGCAUUGAGCUGACGGAAGAGGGGCGGCCCGUGCAGGCGAGCACCCGCAAGCCAGCACCGUGCGACUGCUACUGCUGCGGGCUGCCCAAGCGCUACAUCAUUGCCAUAAUGAGCGGUCUGGGCUUUUGCAUCUCCUUCGGGAUUAGGUGCAACCUGGGUGUUGCCAUCGUGGAAAUGGUGAACAAUAACACUGUGUAUGUCAAUGGGAAACCAGAGCUGCAGAAAGCCCAAUUCAACUGGGAUCCAGAGACAGUGGGACUCAUUCAUGGCUCUUUUUUCUGGGGUUACAUUGUGACACAAAUUCCAGGAGGGUUCAUUGCAAACAAAUUGGCUGCUAACAGGGUGUUUGGAGCAGCUAUCUUUCUAACAUCUACACUGAACAUGUUCAUCCCUUCUGCGGCAAGUGUGCAUUAUGGCUGUGUGAUGUUUGUAAGGAUUCUGCAAGGUCUGGUGGAGGGCGUCACCUACCCAGCCUGCCAUGGGAUGUGGAGUAAGUGGGCUCCUCCACUGGAGAGAAGCAGGUUGGCCACCACAUCGUUCUGCGGGUCUUACGCAGGUGCGGUGGUCGCCAUGCCACUGGCAGGUGUGCUGGUACAGUAUAUAGGAUGGUCAUCAGUCUUUUAUAUUUAUGGAAUGUUUGGGAUAGUUUGGUACAUGUUCUGGCUGCUUCAUGCCUAUGAGAGCCCUGCUGCACAUCCAACAAUAACCAAUGAAGAAAGAAUAUAUAUAGAAACAAGUAUCGGAGAAGGAGCCAGCCUAGCUAGUGCAAGCAAAUUUAGUACUCCCUGGAAGAGAUUUUUCACUUCAAUGCCGGUUUAUGCAAUCAUUGUGGCAAACUUUUGCAGAAGCUGGACCUUCUAUUUGCUCCUUAUAAGUCAGCCUGCUUACUUUGAAGAAGUCUUUGGGUUUGCGAUAAGCAAGGUUGGCCUUUUGUCAGCAGUUCCUCACAUGGUCAUGACAAUCAUCGUACCCAUCGGAGGGCAGCUAGCUGACUUCUUGCGGAGCAGGAAGAUUUUAACCACCACCACUGUAAGGAAGGUCAUGAAUUGUGGAGGUUUUGGGAUGGAAGCAACCUUGCUUUUGGUGGUUGGUUAUUCUCACACAAAAGGUGUGGCUAUUUCCUUUCUGGUGUUAGCAGUAGGCUUCAGUGGCUUUGCAAUUUCAGGAUUCAAUGUGAAUCACUUGGACAUAGCCCCACGUUACGCCAGCAUUCUGAUGGGAAUCUCCAAUGGCGUCGGAACGCUGUCGGGCAUGGUGUGCCCGCUCAUCGUUGGUGCAAUGACGAAACAUAAGACCAGGGAAGAAUGGCAAAACGUCUUUCUGAUCGCAGCCCUGGUGCAUUACAGUGGAGUCAACCCUGAAAGCCUCAAUGAAGAGAAGUGUGGCAUAAUUGAUCAGGAUGAACUAGCUGAAGAAACAGAGAUGAACAAUGAAACUUUUGUAAGUCCAAAGAAAAUGUACGGUGCUACCAGUCAAAACAGUGAAGUACAGAGAAGGGAAUGGAGAAAGCAAAAGCAAGUAACUCAAGACAUGGAAGAACAGACUUCUUACCAUUAUGAAAAUGGAAAUUUUCAAGAUUUGUCAUAA